CAGGGACAGAGUCUUCAUUUUCGCCUACAGAAUCCCAUCCGCAUCCCCGGCCGGCUCCGCUUGGCAAUUAGGUAACGCAUUGGAAGAGUGGAACUAUGGAACACACAGCAAAUUUUGACACUGGAAAUCUCAGACUCAGACAGGCCGGGGUAGCGAUGUGUCAUCCGCCUGUGCCUGUUUUCUUCGAGUUGGUCGGUUCUUGUUGUUCCUGCGUGGAUGCGUGAAGCGUGAGCGGUUAACAUCGGCCUCGCUUGUUUCUCUCUUGAUAUAUCCUGUUUCACACUGGGUCUGCGGAGCGCUGCGGAGCGGAGAGACUUUGAGUAAGAGAGCCUGGUUAAUCGCGUCGAAGCGCGCCUCGGAAUUAUGACUCAGUUUCAGCACUGGCCAGAGCUGGAUGAAACAGUCGUGCCGCAGAGGGAGUAUAGAGCAAACGUCGAAGAUGAGGAGAAGCCUGAGGAGAAGCAAGCUGUUCCGAACGAUGUCUUUGGGGAUGAGCAGGAUGCUGAGAUCAAGUACAAGGUGUUGAGUUGGUGGCAAGCUGGUUUCCUGAUGGUUGCGGAAACUGUGUCCAUUGGUAUCCUCUCGCUGCCCUCUGUCGUUGCGGCGCUGGGCCUCGUACCCGCGAUCAUCCUUCUAGUAGGCUUCGGCAUCAUGUCCACCUACACAGGCUACACAAUCGGCCAGUUCCGAUGGGCCUAUCCGCACGUCCAAAGCAUGGCCGACGCCGGCGAAGUGCUCGCAGGCAAAUUCGGCCGCGAGUUUCUAGGAAUGGGCCAGUUGCUAUUGAUCGUGUUCAUAAUGGCGAGCCAUAUUCUCACUUUCACUGUGGCCAUGAACACGAUCACAGACCAUGGAACAUGUUCGAUUGUCUUUGGCGUUGUGGGUUUGGUCAUUUCCUACGUGCUUUGCUUGCCGCGGACUUCGGCCAAGGUUUCGUACCUUUCUGUUGCGUCAUUCCUCAGCGUCUUCUCCGCCGUCAUGAUCGUCAUGAUCGCAGUUGGAAUCCAGAAGCCAUGGAAAGGCGACCUGGAGGCCGCGGUUGAUACGAAUCUGUACCAUGCCUUCCUGGGCGUGUGCAACAUCGUCUUCUCCUUUUCCGGCCACGUCGCCUUCUUCAGCUUCAUCUCCGAACUGAAAGACCCAAAGGAGUACCCCAAAUCGCUCUUCCUCCUCCAGGGUACCGACACGAUCCUCUACAUCGUCAGUGCAGUCGUCAUCUACUGCUACGCAGGCCCAGAAGUCACCUCGCCGGCGCUGGGAUCCGCCAGUCCGAUUAUCGGGAAGAUUGCGUAUGGGAUUGCGCUUCCUACUAUCAUCAUCGGCGGCGUUGUCAACGGCCACGUGGCAUGCAAGUACAUCUACGUGCGCAUCUUCCGCAAGACGGAUCGCAUGCACAAGAAUGAUUUUGUCGCUGUGGGCUCCUGGGCUCUUAUUCUGUUCGUGACCUGGGUCAUUGCGUGGGUGAUUGCUUCGGCGAUUCCCGUGUUUAAUAACCUGCUGAGUCUCAUCGCAUCGCUCUUCGCGAGUUGGUUUACCUACGGCUUCAGCGGCAUGUUCUGGCUGUACCUAAACCGCGGCCGAUUCUUUUCCACGCCAAUGAAGACCUUCCUUACAAUCGUCAAUGUCGCCAUGAUUGUUGUGGCGGCCGUUAUCUGCGGACUCGGCCUGUAUGUCUCCGGCAAAGCCCUCCACGAGGACUCGAGUCGGGCGAGUUUCUCGUGCGCGAGUAACGCAUGAUGAAUUCGAUUGGUUAUUCGGAGGAACAGGGCCUGGGGAUGGUGGCUUGAACAAUUGUGGCACAAUAGUUAAACUUGGAAUUCGGGGACCUGUAAGGUAGGACUAGAGGAUAGAUAGGUUGUAUAUAUAUAUGUUGGAGAUUGCAUUGUAAAUGUGCCUCCCCUGCGCUCUCAUCUCGCUCGUUCCGCAGCUAUCUAUACUUGGUUGAGCUAUACCCUUAAGCGAAAUAUAUAUAUCCAACAGGAACCAUCAUAGUAGUCGCACCGGCCUCUUCUGAGACACUUCCAAACUACAACAGAUGAGGAAAGAACGAUCCAAUCGGUUGCCCGGGUAGCAACCUGGGUGAUUUAGCUAGGCCGGUACGUCCUACAGACAACGCGGUCGUACCUGCCCUGAAAGGAAGGUCAGGCAGAGAACUUCCAAGGUGGAACGGAGGGUGCCUGAGGCGUAGUUGAUGGACAAAAAUGGUUCUAUUGGACAUGUUGACAAGCCUUCUUGAGCAUCGAGUGCUCAAUUUAAUGUUGGUCACAGUCAACAUCACAUCAAGCACGAACCCCCUGGACAAAAUGUCCCGUCACGUGUCGAUGUCC